AUGGGUUACACCGAACAAGACUGGAAGGCGAUCAACACGAUCCGCCUGCUCGCUGUCGAUGCCACGUUCAACAGCAACUCCGGCCACCCCGGUGCGCCCAUGGGUAUGGCGCCGGUCGCUCACGUUCUGUUCAACAAGUUCAUGAAGUUCAACCCCAAGAACCCCAACUGGCUCAACCGUGACCGCUUCGUUCUCUCCAACGGACACGGCUGCAUGCUUCAGUAUGCUCUCCUCCACCUCUACGGCUACGGCGUCUCCAUCGACGACCUGAAGAAGUUCCGCACGGUCGACAGCAUCACCCCCGGUCACCCCGAGGCUCACGACACCCCCGGUAUUGAGGUCACCACCGGCCCUCUCGGUCAGGGUAUCUCCAACGCUGUUGGUCUGGCCAUUGCCCAGGCUCACACCGCUGCUGUCUACAACAAGGAUGGCUUUAACGUGUCCGACAACUACACCUACACCUUCCUCGGUGAUGGUUGCUUGAUGGAGGGUGUCUCUGGUGAGGCCUCUUCCCUGGCUGGUCACCUCCAGCUCGGCAACCUCAUUGCCGUCUACGACGACAACCACAUUUCCAUUGACGGUGACACCAACGUCGCCUUCACUGAGGAUGUCGUCAAGAGAUACGAGUCUUUCGGCUGGGAGGUCCUCAUCGUUGACGACGGUGACCACGACCUUGACAGCAUCGAGAAGGCCAUUGCCAAGGCCCAGCAGUCCAAGGACAAGCCCACUCUCAUCAAGCUGAGAACCACCAUUGGCUUCGGCUCCCUCCAGCAGGGCACCCACGGUGUCCACGGCUCUCCCCUCAAGGCCGACGACAUCAAGCAGCUCAAGGAGAAGUUCGGCUUUAACCCCGAGCAGUCCUUCGCCGUCCCCCAGGAGGUCUACGACCUGUACAACAAGCACGCCGCCGAGGGCGCCGCUGCCGAAGAGGAGUGGAACAAGCUCUUCGCCAAGUACGGCGAGAACCGUCGCCUCAAGGGUGACCUCCCUGAGGGCUGGGAGAAGUCUCUGCCCGUCUACACCCCUGCCGACCCCGCCAUUGCUUCCCGCAAGCUUUCCGAGACCGUUCUCCAGAAGAUCCACGAGAUCGUCCCCGAGCUUGUCGGUGGUUCCGCCGAUUUGACCGGCUCCAACCUGACCCGUUGGAAGGAGGCUGUUGACUUCCAGGCCCCUGCUACCGGCCUCGGUAGCUACGCCGGCCGCUACAUUCGCUACGGUGUCCGUGAGCACGGUAUGGGUGCCAUCAUGAACGGUCUCGCUGCCUACGGUACCAUUAUCCCCUACGGAGGUACCUUCCUUAACUUCGUCUCCUACGCCGCCGGCUCCGUCCGUCUGUCCGCUCUGUCUCAGAUCCGCGCCAUCUGGGUUGCCACCCACGACUCUAUUGGUCUUGGUGAGGACGGACCUACUCACCAGCCUAUCGAGACUCUCGCCCACUUCCGCGCUCUGCCCAACAACAUGGUCUGGCGCCCUGCGGACGGUAACGAGACCAGCGCUGCUUACUACGUCUCCUUGACCUCCAAGCACACCCCCUCCAUCAUUGCCCUCUCUCGCCAGAACCUGCCCCAGCUCGAGGGCUCCGUCAUCGAGAAGGGUAUCAAGGGUGGAUACGUCUUGCACGAGGACGCCAACGCCGACAUUACCCUCGUCUCCACCGGUUCCGAGGUCUGCAUCUGCGUUGAUGCCGUCAAGUACCUCAAGGAGAAGCACAACAUCGCUGCCCGCGUUGUCUCCAUGCCCUGCACAGAGGUCUUCGACGCCCAGCCCAAAGACUACAAGCUGUCCGUCCUGCCCGACGGCAAGCCCAUCAUGUCCGUCGAGGUCAUGUCCACCCUCGGUUGGGAGAGAUACUCCCACGAGCAGUUCGGUAUCAACCGCUUCGGUGCUUCCGGUCCCUACAAGGAUGUCUACAAGAAGUUCGAGUUCACCCCCGAGGGCAUCGCCAAGCGCGCGGUCGCCACCGUCGACUUCUGGAAGGACGUCCCCAACGUUCGCUCUCCUCUCAACCGUGCUUUCCAGCAGAUCAUUUAA